UUAAUUUCAGAUGGCAGAUGUUGCACUGAGGAUCACAGAAACAGUGGCACGACUGCAAAAAGAACUGAAAUGUGGAAUUUGCUGUUCAACAUACAAAGAUCCAAUUCUGUCCACAUGUUUCCAUAUUUUCUGUCGUUCUUGCAUUAACGCUUGCUUCGAACGAAAACGAAAAGUUCAAUGCCCAAUUUGUAGAAGUGUACUGGAUAAGCGAAGUUGUCGAGAUACUUAUCAAAUUACAAUGGCUGUGCAGAACUAUUUAAAGCUAUCAGAAGCAUUUAAAAAAGAUAUUGAGAAUAUGAAUACGUUCAAGUCACUGCCGCCAGAGAAAAUGUUCAUGGAAAGUCAAAUGCCGCUGGAUAUCACGAUUAUUCCAGAGAAUGAUGGAAAACGAUGCGCUCCAGAUUUUGCUAUACCUUUUUUGCCAGUGCGCCGAAAGCGACCGAGUCGACCACAACCGCCGAGCGCAUUCGCCGAGGAGCCUGCAGAACCGGUAGAACCGCCAGAACCAGCCACAAAACAACCUGUAGAGCUCCAAAGUCGAGUAUUCCCGCUGGAAAAAUUGAAAAAAGACGUGGAAACCUCUACAGAAACGUAUAAAAUAUCAAGAGAAGAACUGAAAAAUGUUGAUAUUGAAGAAUACAUAAAUACCCUCCGAGAAAAUUCGACAGAGAUUGAUGAAAUCGAUGCACUUUUCCAAUUAAUGCCGACGAUGCGACAAUUUCUUCGAAAUAAUAUCAAUCAGCUAAUGGAGAAAUUCCAUGUGGCGCCACCGAAAAAAUCAGAGAAACCAGCGAAUCGAAGAGUAUCCUUUGCGAGUUCUCAAGAUCUUGAAAACAUAAAAAUUAUGACAGCUUCUGAAUCGCUGGAAACUCCUCCUGAGCCAAUCCAAAAACUAGCCCAAAAGCCUGAAGUUUUCAAAAGUACUCAAAAUUUGAUCGAUUUGAAUCUAAAUACUGCAGUGAAAAAGCCAGUGGUCGUAGCAUCAGAUGAUGAUGAAGUUGUAGAAGAUUCUGAAGGAGAACUACAAAUUGAUGAAGAUGAUCUGGCAAAUGUUACCUGUGCUACAAGUUCAACUACCCUUGACGCCGACCGUACACCGAAAGCAAUUCAAGAUGACGAAGAUCGAAUCGACGAUGAGUUGUCACAAGUACCAAAAACAAUUGUUUGCUCGAGAAUUCAUAAUGAUGCGGACGAAGAACUUCUCAGCGAUUUCUAUCACAAAUUCUUGUCAAAUGCGUGCCGAUUUGCGGAGGAUGUGAAUGAGCACACGACUCAUUUGGUGAUGAUGAAUAGUGAAGGCCGUUCAAUUUCUCAAAAAUCCACAGCAUAUCUCUAUGCAAUUGCUCGAAAAUGCGUUAUUGUAGGACGUCAAUGGCUUGUAGAUUGUAUAACAACGGGUCUUUUACUGUCUGAGGCAGACUACACGAUAACGUCAUGUUCUUCAACAAUUCCUGUAAAAAUACCACCGUCAAUUGGCUCCGAAAUGGGAUGGCUCAGAUCGAGAAACGAUGAACAUGGAAAAUUAUUUGCGGGACGACGAUUCAUGAUUCUCAGGAAAUUUACGAUGAAUCCGUAUUUUGAUUAUAAGCAACUAAUCGAGCUUGUCCAACAAUGCGGAGGAGAAAUUCUGAGUUGCUACGAGAAUCUGUCACCUGAAAAACUCUACAUAAUCUUCUCAAAACACUCAAAAGCAAUUGAAGAAUCAAAAAAUAUCGAGAAUCUGUAUAAAUGUGAUGUGGUGACAAUGGAAUGGGUAUUGGACAGUAUCAGUGAAUAUUUAAUUCUACCCACUCAACCUUACAAAGCUGUCGAUUCGAUAGGCUGCCUGCAGGAUUAAUUUUCCAUUUCUUCUUCUUCUUUCUUUGUUCUGUUUUUAAGUGUAUUUUACGGCAAUUUUUAUAAUUUUUUUUGCUUAUUGACAGUUUAUCUAUGUCAAAUUUAUCAAGAUUGAAAUUUUAUUUUUAUUCAAAAAA